AUGUAUGCUUCCCUCUUCAACUCUGAAUCUUUUCUUGCUGCCACCCUCUUCAUUGAAUGUCUCGUUCAAAAAGAAGAACACAUCUGCACUCUUAUCAAGACUUGUCAGGACAACUCCACCCUCUCCCUCCACCUCCACCUCAUCUUAGAAGCCAUUGCUACUGAGAAGCGCCUCGAGAGCAAAUUGGGAUACAAGGACGAAAACAUCCUUAGUCUCCACCACAUGGUAACCACCACCAUCGCCGCUGCUAUCCGACAUGGUAUCUUGAAUACUAUCAGAGACUGUGACAAGCUCCCCACUGUCCCCGACUAUAUCCCGAGCCAUUUCGCGGGACAAGGAAUCAUACAGUACUUUGAAAAGUUCGACGCCGAAAUCCACACUUACAGGAAGAAGUUCCCAACAUCCCCUCGCAUCACUACCUAUCAUCCUUACCGACACACCCCUACCCGCCACUGCUUGAAGUGCAAGAGGCUUGGCCACAUUUGUAAGGAUUGCAGCGAUUACCAGUGCGGAGGAUGCUUCUGGUGGGGACCAGGACAUAUUACCCCCAACUGCGAAAGGAAGAAAGAAGCCGACAAGGCAUGGGAAUGGGAGAAACGGAUGAACGCUGCAGGAUACGACAUGAAGACAGGAGCACAGAUGUGGAAAGAAAAGGUUUAUAGUUGGACAGGAGUACCGAUUCUCAGGAACGAAGAUUGCAACACCCCCAGGAAGCAACCCAAGUUCGUCGACUUGGUCUCCCCUUUGCCACCUUCCUUACCAUCAAUGCCGCCUCUCUUCCCACCAACUCCACCAUCAUCUCCUCUCUAUAAUCCAUAUUCCCCUAUGACCCACCCAUCUCCUCUCUUUGACCUUGAGGACUUGGUCAGUGACUUCGACUCCAUCACUUCUUCAUCUAACAAUAUCGGUGAUAUUGAAGUUUAA